GGGUGAUCACAAGCGAAGCUGCAUCGCCAAUAAUCAGUUACGAAAACGAGAGUGCAAGUAGAAGAUACUUUUAUUAUAAGUUUUGAGAAUGCAGCAAAGUGAAAAUAGGAAUCGCCACCUGUGAUAUUGUAUCAAGACAAGAUGGCAGAUUCAGCUGAAGCAGCCCCUGCCACAAAUGAAGAACCCCUGACCAACGGGGUGGAGGAGGAGACCCCCCAGACCCCCGUGCAGAAUGGUCUACCAAACGGGCGCAAGUCAGAGUCUCCACCAGCCAUCAAGCUACCCGAGGGGUCCGAACCCAGAAGUGCAUUGACCUCAGGAGCAGGAAGAAUGACGGCCACACCAGCCUCAGGUUCUCACCAUACUACCAGUGGUGAUCUGAUGAAUGGAGACAGCAUGGCCUUUGCAAAUGGUAGCUCUCCCUCAAUAGGGCAUGAUGAAGCACCUACCCCAGUUCAUAUUGAUUAUGUUGACUUUGUGAAACAGAGGGUUAUCCUGGCAGCCAGCGAGCCAGACAUGUGGGCCGACGCCCACCACGAGACCAUCGAUGCCUUCUUCGACCCUGCCUCCAACGACCGGCUCCUCACCGUGUUCGUCGACCCCCAGAUGGGCCUGGUCGUCAGCAACAACAUCCCCCCGCAGGGGGUGGAGGAGCUCAACUACUUCAUCCGGCGACCUGGGGUCAAGAUGACCGGGGCGAACGUGGAGAAGGCGGUGCAGUACGGCACGGUCAGGAGCGGCCACGUGGAGAGCUUGCUCAGGAUCAUGCACAGCAUCUUCGCACCGCUCUUCUUUGAUAACACCACCUGGCCGGACAGCAUUAAGAAUGAUUUCUCGGCACAGCUUCACAGGUUCAUGGCCAGCCUGACAGACACUCAUUAUAAGAUCCAGGGACACACCGUCCUUUACAUCCCCAAAGAAGGCAUGAACAUUCCACCGGAGAAGGCCGCCAAGGACAAGGAACUCGUACAAAGACUAGAAACUGCCAUGGUGCACUGGACCAGACAGAUCAAGGAGGUCCUGGCCUCACAGGAUGCCAUCGAGACCUCAGAGAACGCCGGUCCCCUGGAAGAGAUCCAGUUCUGGAGAAGCCGGUGCCAGGACCUGUCGGGGAUCAGUGAACAGCUACAGAAAGACGGGGUCCUAAGGGUGCAGGCCAUCCUUGAACAGGCCAAGUCAUCCUAUGUCAGCCCCUUCAAGAAACUCUCCAAACUGAUUCAGGAUGGAUCUGCUCAAGCACAGAGCAACCUCAAGUUCCUCUCCACCCUGUCGGAGAAGUGCGAGGAACUCAACAAGGCCAAGCCAGCAGACAUACCCAACAUGCUACCCGGCAUCAUCAACAGGGUCAGGAUGAUAUGGGUUAACUCGGAUCACUACAAGAGCAGGGAGAGGCUGACGGGUCUAUUCAGGAAGAUCAGUAACGAGAUCAUCAAGCGUUGCUGUAAAGACAUCUCCUUAGAUCGUCUCUUCGAUGGCUGCGUCAAAUCAUCCAUGAACAGUCUCCAUGAGAGCAUCGAGUGCUGUAAGCAGUGGAAAGAACAGUACGCAUGGAUUCGGCAGAUGCAUCAUCGGUUCUCAUCAGAUAGUUGGGUUCUGGAUCAGAGCAGUAUCUUUGCUCAGGUGGAUGCCUUCGUUCAGAGGUGCAAGGACCUUCUGGAGGUUUGCGAGUGCCAGAUCCACUUUGCCAGGAUGAACGACGGAGACAAGAUACCCAUGCCGACCUUUGCAGGUCAAAGGGGGCCAGAGGUCACGCGAGGACUGCUCGAGAUCGAGGCAGCGUUCGCCAAGAAUCUGCUCAUCCUGAGGAACGUGAAGAAAACAAUCUUGGAUGUGAAAGCAACCUCGUGGCAUGAUGACUACAACAAAUUUCGAGCAGGAAUCAAAGAUUUGGAGGUCAUGAUGCAGAAUGUGAUCACGACGGCCUUCGAGACGGCCAAGACGGUGGAACAGGGAGUGGAACUCCUGGAUGCCUUCCAGCAUCUCUCGUCCAGAGAGGCUAUCCGUAGAACCAUUGACAAGAAGACUGUGGAGGUGUAUCAUCUCUUCAACAAUGAACUCAACGCCGUCAAGAAAGAAUUCACCAAGAAGAUCCCGGACCUGGGCUUCCUCAAGCCCCACUAUGCGGGCCAGGCUCACUGGGCCAGGUCCUUGAAGAGGAGGAUAGAUAGAUGUAUGGAGGUGCUCAACAAAGCCUACUUCUUGCCUAACAUCGGGAGCGGCGCCGAGACCCGUACCCAGUACAGCCAGCUCAGCACUGCCCUGGAUGAAUUCAUCCGGAAGACCUUCAACGAGUGGGCCGCUACCGUGGACAAGGAAUCCAUCAAACUCCUGGACAGCCCUCUCCUGUGCCGUAGCAACGAGAAGAUGGGCAUGCUGGAUGUCAACUUUGACAGGAAUCUGUUGAAGAUGUUCAAUGAGAUCCAGUAUUGGGAGAAGUUGAUGUUUGAGAUUCCUCACUACGUCACAGAGGUUUACCAGAAGAGAGAAGAUCUCAGGAACCUCAGAGAAAACGUCCUACUGGUGGUCAGAGAUUACAAUAGAAUAAUAGCCGCCUUGUCCUUGGAGGAGAGAGGACUCUUCAAGGAACGGAUACGACACCUUGACAAGAAGAUCCAUCCAGGCCUUACGAAGCUCACCUGGGCCUCCAAGGGUAUCUCAGACUUCUUUGUAGCAGAGUGUAGAUUGCAUGCCGGCAAGGUUCAAGCCAUUGUGGACGACUACAAGAUCGCCAACCUGACCAUCUCGCGCAGCUGCAAGCGGAUCAGCGAGACGCUGCUCGUCAAAAUCGAUGGGAAGCGCAUCUACGAGGACAUGGAGUUUGAGGAGGAGCAGAAGCUUCAUCGGACCAACGCGACCAAACGGCUGCAGAUGAUCCACGAAGAGAUCGUCAACACCAUGAGACAGACCUAUGAGGUGUUCAGGGCGGACGGCCAAGAGGUUCAAGGUUACUGGCAUCGUUACACAGAGAAGAUGGACAGGAUGGUGGAAGAAGCGUUCCGUCUCAACGUCAAGUGGUCCCUGCAGGAGCUCUCUAGGGCCAUCAACGGGGACGGCAAGAGCACCCCUAACCCCCUCUUCAGGGUCAAAGUGGUCCUUGAUAAGACAAAGGUUGAGUUCUCCCCCACUCUGAAGAACCUCGCACUCAUUGUCAUGAACACAAGCAGCAAGCUAACGGCUGCCGUGUCUGUUAUCCAACGGUUACCGGAUCUCCUGACCAGGAAAAGAUCGCAGAAAGAGCCUAUCUAUGUCGUAAUAGAGAAUGAUGAAGAAACCAAGAAGAUUCAGAAGAGUAUCAAUACCGGUAUGCAAGCCAACGCUCAACAUCUCAUGACAUACCUGGGUACAUGGGAUAGCUACCGUGAGAUCUGGGAGGUCAACAAGGAUGCAUUCAUCAGAAGAUAUCAGAAGUGUGAGCCCCCUGUCUCAUCCUUUGAUGCAGACAUUGGAAGAUACACUGAAGUGGCUAACAAUGUCCAGAAGGAGGAGACUGUUCUCAACAUUCAGUUUGUCAUGCUGGACUGCUCUCCACUCAAGUUUGCAUUACUGAGCCACUGUAAUGAGUGGCAAAAUAAGUUCACCACUCUCCUCGCUGAGAUGGCCAGCCAGAAGCUGUCUGACCUUCAUAAGUUCCUCAAGGAGAACCAGGAAAAACUGAGCAAGCCUCCACAGACACUAGAUGAGUUAGGCGACAGCUUAGAACUGUUGGAAGAGCUUCAGAAAGACCAGUCCGGAAUCGAAGCUCGCUUCCCUCCCCUCUACGAGCAGUUCUCAAUCCUAGAGAAAUACGACGUCCCUAUCCCAGAUAACGUCCGAGCCACCCUGGACGACCUGGGGAACGAGUGGGUGUCCUUCCAGGAGUGCCUGAUCGACAGCGACGUCAUGCUCAAGAAACACAAGGAGAAGUUCAAGACGGGUCUGAUCCACUCUGCAGAAGAGUUUAAGAAAACCUCCCAUCAGACCCUGGAGGACUUCCAAACAAGUGGUCCGUUCAGCAGUCAGAUGUCAUGUGACGAUGCGCUGGUGUCCAUUGCUGCGACCAGAGAAAAGGUCACUGACCUCAAGGCCCAGGAGGCGACCAUCAGGCGAGGGCUGAACAUCUUCAAGAUUGACCAGCCUCCUUCCAAAGAGAUCCAACAGCUAGAUAAGGACUUGGACUUCAUUGAGAACGUUUGGCAGCUGACUAAGGAGUGGGAGGAGCUAUGGAACACGUGGAAGGUGGGCACAUUUGCAUCACUAGUUACCACGGAGAUGGAGAUGACUGCCGGUCAACUCUUCAAGAAGCUCAACAAACUCAGCAGAGAACUCAAGGACAAAAGCUGGGAGGUUGUGGAUUUCUCCAAGAACCGUGUGGAUCAGUUCCGCCGUACAAUGCCUCUAGUCACAGAUCUUCAUAACCAUGCCAUGAGACAGCGUCAUUGGCAGCAAUUGCAAGAUGAGCUGGAGAAGACAUUUGACCAUACAGCUGAUGAGUUCACACUCGAGAGGAUCAUUGAGCUAGGAUUCGACGCCCACGCCGAGAAGGUGUCCGAGAUAUCUGGUGCAGCCAGUAAAGAGUUGGCCAUUGAGCAGUCUCUCUCAGGGAUCAGAGAUGUAUGGGAGGAGACAAUCCUCGAUGUAUCGCCCUACAAAGACAGAGGCCAUUACAGACUAAAAGCCACGGAUGAGGUCUUCCAGGUCCUUGAGGACAACCAGGUGACCCUGUCAACGAUGAAAGCCUCCCGCUUCGUCAAGGCCUUUGAGAAGGAGGUGGACUACUGGGAGAGGACCCUGUCGCAUAUCCUAGAGGUCAUAGAGAUGACCCUGACGGUCCAGAGACAGUGGAUGUACCUUGAGAACAUCUUUUUGGGUGAAGAUAUCCGUAAGCAGCUCCCUCGUGAGUCAGCGGAGUUUGACAGCGUCAACGCCAACUGGAAGAUCAUCAUGUCCAGGUUACACAAGGACAACAAUGCUCUACGUGGCACACACCAUGAGGGUCUACUGGAGACGUUGAAUGAGAUGAACAACAAGCUAGAAGAGAUCCAGAAAUCUUUGGACAUGUACCUGGAGACCAAGAGACAGAUCUUCCCUCGGUUCUACUUCCUCUCGAACGAUGACCUCCUAGAGAUCCUUGGCCAGUCAAAGAAUCCUGAAGCAGUUCAGCCUCAUCUGAAGAAGUGUUUUGAUAACAUCAAGACUCUGAAGAUGCACAAGAUGGGUAUCACUCAGAAGUUUGAGGCUCAAGGGAUGUACUCGGCUGACGGAGAGUAUGUGGAGUUUGGACACCCGGUUCUCCUAGAGGGCCCUGUUGAGGCAUGGCUGUGUGACAUCGAGAGGACGAUGAGAUGGACUUUGAAGGAUAUCCUCAAACAGUGUAAGAUCGCUCUGAAGAAGAGUCUCAGCAAGAGAGACAAGUGGGCCAAGGAAUGGCCUGGACAGAUGUUGAUCACAUCAAGUCAAAUGCAAUGGACAGCUGAUGUCACUAAAGCACUGGCCACUACCAAGGAAAGAGGAGACAAGAAAGCACUCAAGAGUAUGAAGAAGAAACAGAUCUCCAUGCUGAACAAGUUCUCUGAGAUGAUCCGGGGCAACUUGCCCAAGAUGGUACGUGCCAAGGUGGUCGCCCUGGUGACCAUCGAGGUCCACGCCAGGGACGUGAUCGAGAAACUGAUCAAGGCCAGUGUGAAUGAUGUGACGGCCUUUGAAUGGCUGAUGCAGCUCCGUGUCUAUUGGGACAAGGAGAUCGAUGACUGCGUGGUGAGGCAGACUAACACUCAGUUCCAGUAUGGAUAUGAGUACCUGGGCAACUCUGGACGUCUGGUUAUCACUCCAUUGACUGACAGGUGUUACAUGACCCUGACCACUGCUCUGCAUCUCCACCGUGGUGGUAGCCCCAAGGGACCGGCCGGUACGGGCAAGACCGAGACCGUCAAAGAUCUGGGCAAGGCCCUGGGCAACUACGUCAUCGUGGUCAAUUGUUCAGAGGGUCUGGAUUUCAAGUCUAUGGGACGGAUGUUCUCUGGUUUAGCUCAGACUGGCGCCUGGGGUUGCUUUGAUGAGUUCAACCGUAUCAACAUUGAGGUAUUGUCCGUGGUGGCCCAGCAGAUUCUCUCCAUCCUCUCUGCCCUAGCUGCGGGGUCCUCUCGCUUCGUCUUUGAGGGGCGGGAGAUCAACCUGGUCUGGUCCUGUGGUAUCUUCAUCACCAUGAACCCUGGAUACGCUGGACGUUCCGAGUUGCCAGACAAUCUCAAAUCCAUGUUCAGACCUAUCUCUAUGGUCGUUCCUGACUCUGCUAUGAUUGCUGAAAUCAUCCUCUUUGGUGAAGGGUUCAAUAAUACCAGGAUUCUGGCCAAGAAAGUCCACACUCUGUACUCGCUGGCCGUGCAGCAGCUGUCCAAGCAGGACCAUUAUGACUUUGGUUUACGUGCUCUCACCUCUGUGCUGCGCUACGCUGGCAGGAAGAAGAGGGGAUUCCCCAAUCUCCCAGAUGAAGAGGUGCUUUUGUUGGCCAUGAAAGACAUGAACACUCCCAAGAUGACCACGAAUGAUCUGCCUCUCUUCAACGGUAUUGUUUCUGAUCUCUUCCCUGGCAUCGAUGCUCCGGUGAUCGAAUACGGAAAGAUGAAAGUGGUGAUCGAGUCAGAGCUGGUCAACGCUGGCCUUCAGCCCCUCCCAUCAUCCGUCCUCAAGGUCAUACAGCUUUACGAGACCAAGAACUCCCGUCACUCUGUCAUGAUCGUCGGUAAGACCAACAGCGGGAAGACGACGUCGUGGCGUAUCCUCCAGUCGACGCUGUCCAGGCUGAAGAAAGAAGGCGAUGACACCUACAAUCUUGUCAAGGAGUUUCCCAUCAACCCUAAAGCGCUGUCUCUAGGAGAGUUGUACGGAGAGUUUGAUCUCAACACAAAUGAAUGGACGGACGGGGUCCUGUCUAACGUUAUGAGACAAACUUGUGCUGAUGAGAAGCCCGAUGAGAAAUGGCUACUCUUUGAUGCUCCCGUCGACACCCUGUGGAUUGAAAGCAUGAACUCUGUUAUGGACGACAACAAGGUCUUGACUCUCAUCAACGGUGAACGUAUUGCUAUGCCUGACCAGGUGACCCUGCUGUUUGAGACUGAAGAUUUAGCGGUAGCGUCUCCUGCUACUGUAAGCCGUUGCGGUAUGGUGUACACCGACUACGCUGACCUCGGCUAUCAAUCUUACGUGACCUCAUGGCUCUCUAAGAUCAAGGACAAGCAACAACAAGACAUCAUUCAGCACCUGAUCGACAAGUACCUGAUGAAGAUACAGGACUUCAAACGUCACAACUGCAAGGAGCUGGUCACCAUCUCAGAGCUUAACGGAGUAGCUUCCUUCUGCAACCUCUACUCGGCUUUGGCUACUGAAGAGAACGGGGUCAACCCAGCUGACAAGGACAACUACGAGCGUAUGAUAGAGCUCUGGUUCCUGUUCUGUCUUAUCUGGUCUGUUGGCUGCACCGUCGACGAGGACGGCCGCAAGAAGCUUGACAACUACAUCCGUGAGAUUGAAGGCACCUUCCCCAACAAGGAUACGGUUUAUGAGUACUACGUGGACCCUAAGGGAAAGAGCUGGUCUCAUUGGGAGGACAAGCUCAGGAGUGGCUGGAGAUAUCCAAACACCUCGCCCUUCUACAAGAUUAUGGUCCCCACCGUCGACACUGUCCGUUACAACUUCAUCAUCCAGGCCUUGGUCACACGAAAGAACCCGGUCCUUCUCGUAGGUCCAGUCGGUACUGGCAAGACCUCGGUUGCCCAGAGCGUGUGCUCGAAGCUUGACCCUCAGUCCUACAGCGUGCUGACCAUCAACAUGUCCUCCCAGACCACGUCCAACAACGUCCAGGAUAUCAUUGAGAGCAGGGUGGAGAAGAGGACCAAAGGUGUGUACGUGCCCAUCGGUGGCAAGAAGCUGGUGACCUUCCUGGAUGACUUCAACAUGCCUGCCAAGGACACCUUCGGCUCUCAGCCUCCCCUGGAGCUCAUCAAACUCUGGGUGGACUAUGGCUUCUGGUACGACAGAGUCAAGCAGACCACCAAGUUUAUCAAGGGCAUGCAACUGCUUGCAUCUAUGGGUCCACCAGGCGGAGGUCGUAUGGUGAUCUCCAAGAGACUCCAAAGCAGGUUCAACCUUAUCAACAUGACAUUCCCCAGCGACUCCCAAAUCAAGCGUAUCUUCGGGACCAUGAUCAACCAGAAGCUGCAGGACUUUGAGGAGGACGUGAAGCCCAUCGGAGACGUGAUCACCCAGGCCACUCUAGAGGUCUACCAGAGCGUCGUCCAGAGGUUCCUGCCAACCCCUGCCAAGAUCCAUUACCUGUUUAACCUGAGGGACAUCUCCAAGGUGUUCCAAGGCAUGCUGAGGUCUCACAAGGACUUCCAUGACACCAAGGGGUCUAUCACCAGGCUCUGGAUCCAUGAGUGCUUCAGGGUAUACUCCGAUCGUCUUGUGAACGACCAGGACAUUGAGGGUUUUGUUAACAUCAUCAGCGAGAAGCUGGGAACGCUCUUUGAUCAGACCUUCCAUAACAUCUGCCCCAACAAGCAGCCUCCAAUAUUCGGUGAAUACAUGUCCAAUUUGGAGAUACCCAUCUACGAAGAUCUUCAGGAGUUCCCUACUGUCAAAAGAUUUAUGGAGGAUGCUCUGGACGACUACAAUGCCACACCAGGCGUCGUCUCGAUGGAUCUGGUGCUGUUCAGGGAUGCUAUAGAGCACGUUUCCCGAAUCAUCCGUGUGAUUGGUCAGCCCAGAGGCAACAUGCUAUUGGUUGGUAUUGGUGGGAGUGGUCGUCAGUCUCUCACCCGAUUGGCUGCGGCCGUCUGCGACUUCACCACCUUCCAGAUUGAGGUGACCAGACAUUAUCGCAUCAUAGAGUUCAGAGACGAUCUAAAGCGUCUGUACAGGACGGCCGGGGUGGAGAACAAGCCCACCAUCUUCCUCUUCAACGACACCCAGGUGGUCGACGAGACCUUCCUGGAGGACAUCAACAACAUCCUGUCCAGCGGAGAGGUGCCCAACCUCUACAAGGCCGACGAGUUUGAGGAGGUGCGCACCGAGCUGGCGGAGGCGGCCAAGAAGGACGGCAUCCAGGACACGCCCGAGAGCAUGUUUGCGUACUUCAUCGAGAGGGUGCGCACCAACCUGCACGUGGUUCUCUGCAUGAGUCCCGUGGGUGACCCAUUCAGGAAUCGCAUCCGUAUGUACCCAGCCUUUGUCAAUUGCACCACCAUUGAUUGGUUCUGCGAAUGGCCGAAGGAAGCGUUGACGGAGGUAGCCGAGAAGUACCUGGAGUCUAUAAACGUUGGAGAAAACGAACAGUUGAAGCCCAACAUUGCCCAGAUAUUCUGUACCAUGCACCAAUCGGUGGUCCAGAGCUCCAAUCAGAUGCUGUUUGAGCUGAAGCGUCACAACUACGUCACACCCACCAACUAUCUGGAGCUUGUUACAGGAUACAAAACGUUGCUGUACGAGAAGCGCAAGGAGCUUGGCGACGCGGCCAACAAGCUCAAGAAUGGUCUGUCCAAGAUCGACGACACCAGGGCCAAGGUGGAGGUGAUGUCUGUAGAGCUGGAGGAAGCCAAGAUCAAGGUGGCUCAGUUCCAGAAGCAGUGUGAGGAAUACCUUGUGGUCAUCGUCCAGCAGAAGAGAGAGGCGGACGAACAGCAGAAGUCCGUGCAAGCCCGCAGUGAGAAGAUUGGGGAGGAGGAGGUGAGGUGUAAGCAGAUGGCUGAAGCCGCACAGCAUGACCUGGACGAAGCCCUUCCCGCUCUGGCAGAAGCCGUCAAGGCCCUGGAGGCUCUCAACAAGAAGGACAUCGGUGAGAUCAAGUCCUACGGUCGACCCCCGGUGCUGGUGGAGAAGUGCAUGGAAGCAGUCAUGAUCCUAAAGGGUCACGAGCCAACGUGGGCCGAGGCAAAGAGACAGCUAGGUAACCAGAACUUCAUCAAAGAGCUGAUUGAGUUCGACAAGGAAAACAUGUCAGACAGGGUGCUGAAGCGCAUCGGCCAGUACUGCUCCCAGCCGGACUUCCAGGCCGAGAUCAUCGGCCGCGUGUCCCUGGCCGCCAAGUCGCUCUGCAUGUGGGUGAGGGCCAUGGAGACGUACGGCACCAUCUUCAGGGUGGUGGAACCCAAGAAGCAGAGACUCAACAAUGCCCAGACUACCCUGGCAGAGAAGCAAGCCAUCCUGGCUGAAGCCAAGGCAAAGCUACAGGAAGUCACAGAUCGCAUGGAGAACCUGAAGAAGCAGUACGAUGAGAAGCUAGCCGAGAAGGAAGACCUGAGGAUCAAGGCGGAGCAGAUGGAGAUCAAGCUGGACCGUGCUGGCAAGCUUGUGUCUGGGCUCGCAGGAGAGAGGGACAGAUGGGAACUCAAUGUUCAUGACUUGGAAGAGAACAUGGUAUACCUGGUGGGUGAUUGUCUGGUGGCUGCAGCCUUCAUGUCCUACAUGGGACCCUUCUUAUCCCACUACAGAGAUCACCUAGUCAAAGAAGUCUGGCUGAAGGAGGUGAGCAAGCUUGGUAUUCCUCGUAGCCCAGACUUCAGCUUCUCCCUCUUCAUGUCGAAGCCGACGGUGGUGAGAGACUGGAACAUGCAGGGUCUACCCUCGGAUGCCUUCUCCACAGAGAACGGUGUCAUCGUUACCAGGGGCAACAGAUGGCCACUCAUGGUUGACCCUCAGUGUCAGGCCAUCAAGUGGAUUCGUAACAUGGAGACCAAGCGUGGCUUGAAGAUUAUCGAUCUCCAGCAGAGCGAUUUCCUGCGCACCCUCGAGAAUGCCAUCCAGUACGGUUUCCCAGUUCUCCUGCAGAAUGUGCAGGAGGAGUUGGACCCUGCCCUGGCUCCUAUCCUCAACAAGUCUAUCAUCAAGCAAGGUGGCAGGCUCAUGAUCCGUCUGGGCGACAAGGAGCUGGACUACAACCCCGACUUCAAGUUCUACAUCACCACCAAGCUGGGCAACCCCCACUACACCCCGGAGAUAUCCACCAAGACCAGCAUCGUCAACUUUGCCGUCAAGGAGCAGGGUCUGGAGGCCCAGCUCCUGGGCAUCGUGGUGCGCAAGGAGCGGCCGGAGCUGGAGGAGCAGAAGGAUAACCUGGUGAUGAACAUCGCCGCCGGCAAGAAGAAACUGGUGGAGCUGGAGGAUGAGAUUCUCAGGUUGUUGAAUGAGGCCCAAGGAUCUCUCUUGGAUGAUGAGCAGCUGGUUAACACCCUGCAGUCAUCCAAGAAGACCUCGGAAGAAGUUGGUGAACAGCUUCAAGUCUCUGAACAGACGGAAGCCAAGAUUGAUGCUGCUCGUGAGGGAUAUCGUGGAUGCGCCCAGCGAGCGUCCAUCUUGUUCUUCGUUCUCAACGACAUGGGACGCAUCGACCCCAUGUACCAGUUUUCGCUGGACUCCUACAUUGACCUCUUCAACGUGUCCAUUGACAAGAGUCACAGGAGCCCUCAGUUGGAGCAGCGAAUUCUCAACCUGAACGAGUAUCACACCUACGCUGUUUACAGGUACACCUGUCGCGGUCUGUUUGAGAAGCACAAGCUUCUCUUCUCCUUCCAGAUGUGUGCUAAGAUCUUGGAGGCUGCCGGCAAGCUCAACAUGGAUGAGUACAACUUCUUCCUCCGAGGGGGCGUGGUUCUGGAUAGAGAGGAGCAGAUGGACAAUCCGUGCGCUAACUGGCUGGCUGAUACCUCAUGGGAUAACAUCACUGAACUUGACAAACUGGCUAACUUCCAUGGUAUAGUACAGGCCUUUGAGCAGUAUCCAAGGGACUGGCACGUUUGGUACACCAGCGCAGAACCAGAGCUAGCAGGUCUUCCAGGUGAAUGGGACAACGCCUGUAACGAGCUCCAGCGCAUGUUGAUUAUUCGCUCGCUCCGACCGGAUCGUGUCUCCUUCUGUUCAACCUCCUUCAUUGUGAACAAUCUGGGCUCCAAAUUUGUUGAGCCUCCUGUCCUGGACAUGAAAGCAGUCCUGGAAGAUUCCAACACCAAAACACCUCUCAUCUUUGUACUCUCCACUGGAGUGGAUCCUACAAGCAUGCUCCUUCAGCUAGCCGAGCAGAGCGAGAUGAGCCAUCGGUUCCACGCCCUCUCACUGGGUCAGGGUCAGGCUCCUAUCGCUACCAGGAUGAUCAAGGAAGGCGUGAGAGAGGGUAACUGGGUCUUCCUGGCUAACUGUCACUUGUCCCUGAGUUGGAUGCCCCAGCUGGACAAGCUGGUGGAGCAGCUGCAGAUCGAGGAGCCCCACCCCGACUUCAGACUGUGGCUCAGCAGCAGCCCCAACCCGGAGUUCCCCAUCUCCAUCCUCCAGGCUGGUAUCAAGAUGACCACAGAACCGCCAAAGGGUUUGAAAGCCAACUUGAAGCGUCUGUACCACCUGGUGACCGAGCAGCAGUUCCUGCGCUGCUCCAAGCAGGACAAGUACAAGAAGCUUCUCUUUGCUCUCUGCUUCUUCCACUCUGUACUCCUGGAAAGGAAGAAGUUCCGCAUGCUCGGGUGGAACAUCAUGUACGGCUUCAACGACUCCGAUUUCGAGGUGUCUGAAAACCUGCUCAGUAUCUACCUUGACGAGUACGACGAAACACCCUGGGACGCCCUCAAGUACCUCAUCGCAGGGGUCAACUACGGAGGUCACAUCACAGAUGACUGGGAUCGAAAGCUCCUCAUGACUUACAUCAAUGAGUACUUCGGUGAAGGUUCCUUGACCACGCCCUUCUUUAAACUGUCCUCCCUGCAGACCUACUACAUUCCCAAAGAUGGCCCACUCCAGACCUACAAGGAAUACAUCAGUAUGUUACCCGGUGUGGACCAUCCUGAAGCCUUCGGCCAGCACCCCAAUGCAGACAUCGCUUCACAGAUUACCGAGACCCAGACCUUGUUCGAUACCCUGAUCUCUCUGCAGCCUCAAGUCUCCGUCAAGGUUGGAGAGAGCAAAGAAUCAAAGGUAUUGAAACUUGCUGCUGAUGUCUUAGAGAAGAUCCCACCAGACAUUGACUACGAAGGCACACAGAAGAUCCUCAAGGAUGACCCUUCACCUCAAAAUGUGGUUCUCCUGCAGGAGAUCCAACGCUACAAUGCCCUGCUCCAAGCCAUCCGGUCAUCACUGGUUGACCUGGAGAAGGGUAUCAAGGGUCUUGUGGUGAUGUCCAGUGAGCUGGAAGAGAUCUUCAACUGUAUCCAUGAUGCCAGGGUGCCCCCACUAUGGGAGAAGGCUUACCCAUCCAACAAGCAGCUUGGGGCUUGGACCCGCGACCUGCUGAUGCGUGUAGAUCAGUUUGAGAAGUGGGCCACCACCGCUCAUCCACCGGUCAUCUUCUGGAUGUCUGGCUUCACCUUCCCUACCGGUUUCUUGACCGCUGUCCUCCAGACCUCGGCCAGACAGAACAAUAUCUCGGUGGACUCGCUAUCCUGGGAGUUUGUGGUCUCGACGGUGGACGACAACAACAUCGUGGAGCAGCCCAAGGACGGGGUCUGGAUCAAGGGCCUCUUCCUGGAGGGGGCGGGGUGGGACAAGAAGAACGCCUGCCUGGUGGAAGCCAACCCCAUGCAACUGGUCUGUCCGAUACCGACCAUCCACUUCAAACCGGGGGAGAACAAGAAGAAGAGCGGCAAAGGUAACUACACCUGUCCCUGCUACUACUAUCCAAACCGUACGGGCUCCACUGCACGAGCGUCCUUCGUGGUGGCAGUGGACCUCAAAUCUGGGGCCUACCAGCCUGACCACUGGACCAAGCGAGGCACAGCCCUUCUGAUGAGUUUGGACUACUAAGACUAAGGUCUUGAUAAGGUCAUGAUAAAGACCACAAUAAGGUGACAGUAAGGUGAUGAAAAGUUUAUAUAGAUGAUAAGAGGGUAAGAUGAUAAUAAUAAUAAUGAAGAUAAGGUCAUAGGUUUUUAAUGCAGUCAUGAUAAGGUCAUGUUAAGGUCUUGAUACGGUCAUGAUAAGGUGACAGUAAGGUGGUGAAAAGGUUAUAGGAUGCUAAUAAGAUGCUCUUAAUGUAAAGAUAGGGUUAUGACUAAGUCCAUGAUGCGGUCAUGAAAAGGUCUUGAUAAGAUGAUGAUAGUGUCACGAUAAGGUUAUAAUGAGGUGGUGAUAAGGUGAUGGUAAGAUCCUGAUAAGUCCAUGUUAUGGUCAUGAGGUCAUGAUUAGCUCAAAAGGCGAUGAUACUGUCCUGAUAAGGUCAUGAUAAGGUUGUGGCAUUCAACGCAGGCCUCAUCUUUGUUAAAGAUAUAAGGUUAGAUCUCAUGUUAAGGUCAGUUUUAUCACUCGGGUUAUAGAUAUAUAGGAUUAGAUAUAGUGAUUGGUUCAGUGUUGAAGAUUUGGAUUUAAGUGUUGGCUAUGAAGCGCUGGUCACUGUAAAAUGCAUCAUCAAAUUGCUGGUACCAUGAGUAAUGAUGCCAUGCCAUCAAGUUUGCAAUUAACACAAGGUCAGAUUUGACCGGUACAUUAGGUUAGUUUCACAGUGUCCAUUGUGUGUGAGAGAGAGACAGGAAGCUUGGCAAUUUUGCUUGACCUGAGGUAUUUACUUUGUGGUAUGAGACUUAACCCACGUUUAGUUAAAAUUGACAAUUUGAUUAGAAUUACGGUUAAAUUAAACACAGCUGUCAAUUUGUUAAAAUAUGUUUGUAUCCGGCCGGACCAAACAAAGUUGAAUGCACUUUUCACCUAUGAGAGAGAAUGGUGUAUUCAUCUGCCAUGCUGAGAGCCAAAAGGGCAUUAAGUCGUACACUUUUACACAGAGUUAACGCCCUUCUGCCUCUGAACAAACAAUAUAUUGAUGCUUUGUAUAGUAGGAUUAUCAUUUAAUCUUAUACCAAACAAAGUUGUAUGCACUUUUCUAGUAUGAGAGUGAAUUAAUAGUUUAUUGUGUCUGGUUAGAUCGAGGCAGAAGGGAGUUAGGUCAUGUACAUUAACACAGGGUUAACGCCCUUUUCGCUCUCAACAACGAUAUAUUGAUGUUUGUAGCUUUACCAUGUGCAUUUUCCUGGGAGUUGAGAUCAGAACUUGCAGCUGUUUCUUAAUUCCACAAUUUUCACUGGGGAAGAGGAAAUUCUAUGAUUUUGUUUUUAUUUUCAUUUCAAAGUAUGUUAUUGCAGUUUCUCUUUAGGUAUGAAAACAAAUCAAAUUUACUGUAACACAGCCAGACAUCCCACCCACAUUUGAUCCCGUUUCUGAUAUGUUUGAAGUAAAGCAUGCCAGUGUUUCCUCCUGUUCCUGAACAUGAUCCUCUGAAACUCUUUGGGGGAUUAACAAUAAAAGAGAAAUGUUAUGCUUUUCUCACAUCAUGAUCAAUUUAUGAUAUAAACAUGUCAGUUUCAACGAUGGCAGAGUGAAAAUUAAUCAAAAUAUUGUCAUAUUUCAAUAAAUAAUGUAGCUCCAUGUACUUCGAGUGAGACUCGUCUCUAAUUUAUAGUUAUCCUACAUGUAGUGCUUUUAUGAAACGCCAUCUUUUACGUAGGGAUUUAUAUAGCUUUUAAAAUAGCCAGUUCUGGUCUUUUUUAUUAUGCAUUCAAGUCUGUUUAUUCACAUUGUAGUUGCAGCGUAUUUUUUGCUAAUUUUAAUAUUAUUGUGUCUUCUCUCUCCUCUACCACAUUGUAUAUUUUGUAUUUUUUUUAAUAGAUUUUCCUUCCAAGUUAUUGAUUUCUUUUGUUUCUGUUCUGUACAAAUAAUUAAAAAAUAACAUGAUGUUCCAUCCAUUGUGAGUGAAAUGUUUUCAUAUAUACACCAAAGUGGUUCUACUUUGAUAUAUUUUGCCUUUUCAGAAGAAAAAAAAGAAACUUCAUUUAGUGUGCUUUGAAAUAUUAUUUUAUUGCAAAAUAAGAGCUUUUGUAUCAUAACAAAUGUAUUCAUUGUAAAAAUGUACUAUAUUUAUUUGAUGUAAAUACAGAAUCUUUCAAUUUAUUUGUCAAAAGUAUGAUGAAAUCUACAUGAAAAAUUUAUGAUAAAGAUGUAUUUUACAUAGUUUUAUUGAUAAAGUUUGAUUUGAAUUGUAUUCAAUGUAUUUUGUGAGGCCUUGAUUGAUAUUCCAAUAAAUUGUUCACCUUGAUAUUGUA